GAGGGAAAAAAGGAGGAGGGAAGGAGGGAUGGCGGAGCGUGGCCGGAGCCCCGGGGCCCCUGGGCCGGCGGGCUUCGUGCUGGGGCUGGACGUGGGCAGCACCGUCAUCCGCGGGCACGUUUACGACCAGCGGACGACCAUCCGCGGCUCCAGCCGACAGAAGUUACCCGUCGACCCAUCACCUAUUUCCUAUCUUGGCAACCUCGAAUUCCUUCCCACUUCAGAUCUGACAGGUCAUACAUCUCCUCAUCGUCAAAGCCCUCCUGAAUUCACAUCUCCUCAAAAGGUAGAAAUACUUUAUCCUCACAGUGGCUGGGUUGAAAUCGAUCCUGAAGUUCUGUGGACUCAAUUUAUUGCUGUAAUCAAAGAAGCUGUACAAGCUGCAGGAAUACAGAUGAAUCAAAUCGUUGGUCUUGGCAUCUCAACACAGAGAGCAACUUUCAUUACAUGGAACAAGACGACAGGAAAUCCUUUCCACAACUUCAUUAGUUGGCAAGACCUAAGGGCAUCUGAACUGGUCAAAUCCUGGAACAAUUCUUUUCUAAUGAAGGCAAUACACAGUUUCUCCAAGGUGCUUCAUUUUUUCAUUCGAAGUAAACGACUUUUAGGGGCCAGCUUACUCACUUUCACCACACAGCAUGUGUCUUUGAGACUGGCAUGGGUUUUGCAGAACCUAGUAGAGGUGCAAAGAGCGGUUGAAGAAGAAAAUUGUUGUUUUGGAACUGUCGAUACUUGGUUGUUGUAUAAACUCACAAAAGGCUCUGAAUAUGCCACUGAUUUUUCCAAUGCCAGUUCAACAGGAGUUUUUGAUCCAUAUCAGAUGUGUUGGAGUGGUUUUCUUACCUUCCUGCUUUCCAUACCCUUGUCUCUCCUACCUCCAGUGAAGGAUACAAGUCACAACUUUGGGUGUGUGGAUGAACAGAUACUCGGUGUGCCUAUACCAAUAGUGGCCUUGGUCGCUGACCAGCAGUCAGCCAUGUUUGGAGAAUGUUGCUUUCACCGUGGAGAUGUAAAACUAACCAUGGGAACAGGGACCUUUAUGGAUAUUAAUACAGGAAACCACCCACAACAAACUGUUGGAGGCUUUUAUCCGCUGAUUGGUUGGAAGAUAGGUCAAGAAGUUGUGUACUUAGCUGAAGGCAAUGCAGCCGACACUGGUACUGCCAUUAAAUGGGCUCAAGAAUUAAAUCUUUUCACAGAUGCAGCCGAGACUGAUAAAAUGGCCAAAAGUUUAUGCAGUUCUGCAGGAGUGUAUUUUGUCCCAUCCUUUAGUGGGCUGCAGGCGCCAUUAAAUGAUCCACAUGCAUGUGCCUCUUUUAUGGGUCUGAAGCCUUCCACCAAUAAAUACCAUCUUGUGCGUGCCAUAUUGGAGGCUAUAGCUUUCAGAAACAAACAACUGUAUGAGAUGAUGCAGAAGGAGAUUCAUAUUCCUGUUACAAAAAUUCGGGCAGAUGGAGGAGUUUGUAACAAUAGUUUUGUGAUGCAGAUGACUAGUGAUUUAAUUAACGAGAAGAUAGACCGGCCUGUCCAAGUAGACAUGUCUUGUCUAGGAGCUGCAUUUUUAGCUGGUCUUGCUGUUGGAUUCUGGUCUGACAAAGAAGAGCUGAAAAAUCUGAGGAAAAGUGAAGUUAUUUUUGAGCCACAGAAACAAUGGAAAGAAUAUGAACCUAACAUGCAAAACUGGGUGAAGGCGGUUCAGCGUUCUAUGAACUGGUAUAGCAAGAUGUAACACAUACUACAUGGAAGAAUUCUGUAUUUUUGAAAAAUGGUUUUCUAUUCAGUCAAAUCUUUACAUUGAUAAGGCAACAAUACCUCAUGAACAAAACUUUCCUUUGGAGUUUACGCUUCCAAAGCAGAAGAACACCAAAAUGCACCCAUUGCUUCCAACGAUCUUCCUGCUGCUAUCUGAUCACUCCAUUAUUACUUUGGAGUCUCAUUUUUUCUUCCACCUACCGGAGACCAAUUUUACAUUAAAGUGCAUUUAUUUCUGGAA